UCAAUUUGUUAUUAGGGCACUUAAAAUGUGACAUGUUUUUCUUAAUUUAAUCUUAUUUUCACCCAUGUCAUCAUCGUUGUUUGGCUUGUUAUUGGAUUAUUGUUUAUUUUCUUCAACAAUAUCAAGACCAUGCUGGCUGCAUCUUUUGGAGUGUUUCUGUUAGUUAGUCUGCAGGUCUGCCUGUGAUAUUUGGUGCUUUUCUUUGGAUUAGGAUCCUUAAUACUACCAUGAGUUCUGAAUCGAACACUGGUAUUGACCUGCUGCAGGUCAGGAUUGAGACUUUGAGCAGCAAAAUGGACAGGCUGAUAACUAUCCAGGAAAAGGUGCUCAGCCGACUUGAUGGCAUGUCUCAGGAUAUUGACGGAAUAGAAAGGGAUGUAGAAACUUUGAAAGUGGAAAAAGAGGAGAUUCAUUUUCCUCCAGUUAUACGAAAAGGACCAGGCCAUGAGAUGAAGGAAAUGUGCCAAGAAAUCAACAGUAUCAUGUUGGCAGUAAAUCAACGCUCGGAACAGCAAACCCAGAAGCUGGAGGGAAUGGAGAGACUGGUGAUGAGCAUACAGCAGGUGGUCAGCUUCAUUGGAGAAACUGUUAAAACAUCCAAAAUUAUGGAUGUUAUAUUUAAAGGGCCAGCUGCGCAAAAGAACAAAACGAUUUCAGCCUCCAGGUCUAAAGAUUGUAAAAGCAAACUGAUUACCAAAAGUGAGGCCUCAGAAAAUGGUGAGCCUGUCACGAGCAAGGUAAAAGAUCGCAAAUGCAAAGAGGGUACGUUUAGUCUUAAUCUCAAAGGUCUCAAAGCACAGAAGAAGAAGAAACCACCUGAUUGUACAGAUGCAGUCACUUUGAGGAAGCAGGCACUGCUGUUCGAGGAAGUUCAGAAGCUUAAUCAAGAGAAUGCAGAACGCUCUAAAGCAUCCCACCAUCCGGAAGCAGUCGUGCAGAAGUCAGAGGAAGGCGUGCUUACCCCAAUGCAGCAGGACCACAUCCUUGAUGAAGACAAGACCCCUCCAACUGAGCAAGAAAUUUACUUAGAAGAAGAAAAUGUGGAAACUAUGGAGCCGAAUGAAGAGGAGAAGAAGGAAACAGAACCAACGCUGGUGGAGGUCCAAGAUGAAGCACAGCAGUUAGUGGAAGAUGAAAUGUCACCAAAGACCACAGAUAUGCUCAAAGAACAGGAAGUUAAAGAUAUUGAAGAUUUGACGGCGGUUGAGGUUCUUUUAGAAUCUGAAAUUACUGACACCCAACCCCCUUUUCCACAUGAGGACACAUUGCAAAGUUGUCUCAGCCAUGAGUCCGAGCAGGUUGAUGAGGUGACCACUAGCAGCAAGCGACGUGUAACAGACGAAGAUCUGGGGUUGGAGGACCACAAGAAGAGCAGGGUUGAGGGAGGACAAAAUGAGGUUGAGCAGGAGCCAGAGGAACCUGAAGAUCUGCGUGGUAUUUUCAAAGCUGAGGGUGUGGACAUUGAGUUUGAUUUUAACAAAAUUAAGAAGGAAGGAGACAAGGAUGACAACGAAGAUGAAGAAAAUGACAAUUUCUUCAUUGAUUGCACUCCCCCUCCACCAGCACCCUUCAACCAUCGCAUUGUGUCUGCCAAGCCAAACCAGAUUAACAACUUCUACACCAUCAACCGUCAGGAAGUUCUUGGAGGCGGUCGAUUCGGUCAGGUACAUAAAUGCAUAGAAAAUUCCUCUGGACUCACUUUGGCAGCGAAGAUAAUCAAAGCAAGAAGUCAAAAGGAAAAGGAGGUGGUGAAGAUUGAGAUUCAGGUUAUGAACCAGCUGGACCAUGCCAACCUGAUUCAGCUCUAUGCUGCCUAUGAGUCCAGGAAUGACAUUAUCCUUGUGCUUGAAUAUGUUGAUGGAGGAGAACUCUUUGACAGGAUCAUUGAUGAGAACUACAAGUUGACAGAGCUCGACACAGUGAUGUUCAUCAGACAGAUCUGUGAAGGCUUGAGUUACAUGCACAAAAUGUACAUCCUCCAUCUUGACCUAAAGCCAGAGAACAUUCUGUGUGUCAGCAGAUUAACAAAUAAAAUCAAGAUCAUCGACUUUGGGCUUGCGAGGAAGUACCAGCCCAAAGAGAAGCUACGAGUGAAUUUUGGGACACCAGAGUUUUUGGCUCCUGAAGUGGUAAACUAUGAUGUUGUGUCGUUUAAAACGGACAUGUGGAGUUUAGGGGUCAUCACGUACAUGCUGCUUAGCGGGCUGUCUCCAUUCCUUGGGGAUGAUAAUAAUGGAACUCUAAAUAACAUCCUGGCCUGCCAGUGGAAUUUUGAGGAGGACGAGUUCAUAGACAUCUCAAAAGAAGCCAAGGAUUUCAUUUCCAAAAUGCUCAUUGUAGAUAAAAGUUGGAGGAUAGGGGCAGGGGAGGCAUUGAAUCACCCUUGGCUCUCAGAUCCAGCUGUCCAUUUCCACCUUCACGAGAAGAAAAAUAUGUGUCGAUCACGAAGAAACUCUUGUGUGCCACCACCAGAGAGUUAAUAUGGACCAAGCCUGCUGUGCAACCAAGAUAGGACAUCAUAUUUCGAGCAGAAAAACACGCAGAUGUGAUCUUUGCAUAAAGCUGCUGACCUUUGCUAUUUGCCAUGUUGAGACAGCUGCAGACAUUACUUAAAUGCUAACAGCAUAUCACAUGAAGGUGAUGCUAUGCUAGAAUGAAAAAUGAGAUGCAGGUGUGAUUUAGUUUCCUAUAGACUUCAGGAAUCCUGUCAGUGAUUCCAGUUUCAUCUGCAGAUUUAAAAAAAUAUUUAAUCCGAUUGCAAUUUUAUUUCAUCAGUUCUGGACGGUUCACUUUUAUGAUCAGAAAAUUAUAAUAUACUGUUCAUGAUUACAGGCCUCCUAAUAAUAUAUGUCAAAAUAUUAUGUUUAAGCUACUACAUACAAAUAAUUCUACGAAUACAUUGCAGGAAAAUAAAUGCAGAGAACAAAGAAUGAGUGUAAAAAGGCUUUUGGCUAUAAAAAAAUAGUUAUUUUAUAUUCCAAUAGAGUUUUCCAGCAUGUUGAAUCAAAUUUACCAGUGUUUCAUAUUUAGGAUUAAUAUGUUAGAUUAAAGUAUAACUGAUUUGUAACUGAAUUAGAACAGUUUGUACAGUAUGUUAUACACACAAGCUCUUUUUUAUGUCUUAGUUCUGUAAUGUUAGUCUGGUCUCUGUCUGCUCUGUAAUCUUAGUUGCUCAAUGACUGUAACGCUGUCACGUUUAGAUUUUCAAACCUUCUUAAUGGUAUGCUAAUAUUAGAAUAUCCUCAUGAAAUAUACCCGAGGCAUUAGCACAAAGAUUUUUUUAGCACAGUUUUAUUACAUCACUGUCUACAAGAUUCAGUGUCCGAUUUUUUAUAUAUCAAUUCUACAAUAUACUGUAGAUCCCUUUUUCAUUUAACCUUUUGACUGAGUAUGAAACAUGGCAUUAUAUGCACUUUAGAAUAUUAUUUAUUUUGAAAACCAUAACACUUUCUUAAUAUUUAGAUGAAUCUAGUCUAGUUUUAGGGAAAUUGUUUUAUAUGUCUCCAAUGUAUUUUCCAUAUAUUCUUGAAUGAAU